AUGACAUUACUGCUAAUUUUAUGCAUAUUGCAGCAGAAUUUUAUUCCAACUGGCUCGAAUAUUUUUGGAAGAGAAUAUUAUUGGACUUUUCCUCUUGAUCUGGAAAAGUUUAAUAAUGAACAAUAUAAAUUAUCAUAUUUUAAUGACACUGGCGAAUGCGAUCUUUGCAAUUUUACAGUUAGAAACGAAAAAAAUAAUUCAUCUCCUCGCGAUUUAUUAUUAGCAGCCACAAGAUACAAAUUAGAAAAUAUACACUUCCUAGUACGUUCAUUACGCCAUACAGGAUCAAAAUGUACCGUGGCUUAUUUAUUAGAUACAAUUGCCUACCACAGAAUCACUGCAAAAGAUAGAUUUUACUUAGAAAAAUGUGGUGUACAGCUAAUAAACAUGGGUGAUGCUGAAUAUACAAAUAAAACAGACGUUUGGUCAAGCAUGUAUUUGUGGAUGGAGUAUGUUAUCUAUUCCAAUCCGCAUAAAUUCGAUCGAAUACUUAAGGUAGACAUGUAUGAUGUUAUAUUCCAAGGCGAUCCAUUUGAUAAAUCGAUAAAACCAGAUACUUUUUAUAUGAUCUCUGAGGCAGGACCAAUUGGAAAACAUUCAAUGUCAAAAGAAUUUAUUGCACAAGUUGAUGAUAUUAUUCCCCACCCAAGUAAAUACCUUGAAGGCAAAUAUUUCCUUUCAUCUGGAGUGGCUUUCGGCACAGAAGACGUUUUCCUGAAAUCACUGAACGCGUUCUUUACAUUAUGGAAAUGGUCCCGUGGAUGGGAUGACCAAUCUGUAUUUAACGCUGCUAUUUAUUCUGGUAUAUUCGAUUAUUACAAAAUAAAGACAGAAACACUAAGAAAAUCGGAAUAUGUAUAUCAUAUGUGGUAUACUCAAACACCAAUUCAUCGUCUUGGAAAUGUGACUUCAAAAUUUGAUCGAUCUUAUGCUCAUAUUAUUCAUAACAGCUACCUUUCGGGCAUACUUCUCUAUGAAAGUGAAAUUUAUUGUCCAAAAGACGACCCAGAGCUUCGCUAUUUUUAUACAAAAGAUAGAUUUUUGUGCAAAACUGAAGACUUUAUGCUUACAUGCAUUGACCAUAACUAUAACGAAGAUGGCACAUUGAUUGAACUUAAUUUCGGGUGA